UGCAAACGUGCGCGAGCUGUCUGUUCCCCAAAAUUUCGUCGCGUGUUGCGCUAGCUUUCUGAUUCCAAGUAGAAAAUUCAAUUCAGCUUUGAUUGGUAAAGCUGUCUUCUUGUUGCUUCCAUUUUAGUGAAUUGCGAUGAGCGAGAUUUUCACCCAAAGUGGAAUGUAAUUGCUGUUUGUUUAGUCAAUUUGAGACUAAUGAUCAAGCACCAGUGAGCUAUUCGAUGUCGUCCAUGAACACAGACUGGAGUGAUCGAAGCAUUGUCAUGGACGACAACCUGAAUGUAGGUGGGGUAGACGGACUGGACUCACAGGGGAUUCACAAUAUUGUUUCAGCCAAGAGUGUUGAGAUUCACGAACAGCUGAAGGAGGUUACUCCAAAUCGUAGGCUCAGUUUUGCAAAGAUGAAACUUUUGAGACGAAGAAUUCGAAAACUGCGAAGGGAAGACCUGACAGGCAUGGUUGAAAUUCUGAAGGAGUACGAUCCUGUGCGAUUCAGAAGCAAUGACGAGAUAUGGUUUGAUAUUAAUGAGCUCGACACUGAUCUCGUGCUGCAGUUGUGGCGUUAUGUUGAAGCCUGCAAAAGGCCAAGGAUAGUACAAAGGGUGAAGUCAAACAUAUUCAUUGGGAAGGGAGGUCAUGAGAUUAUCAACCUUUCUGAGAAAGCUCCUAGUGAGAAAAUCUUCAUCGAUCUCACUGAAGAUGUUCUGGACAAUCCACGUAGCAAGACAGGCGAGAAGAAACGGAGGUUGCAGACGAUAAUUCUUUAAGCAAAUCAUUCUUCCCCAAGAUCCUUGCCUUCCAUCUGUGUUUCUCGGGAAGAACGUCUUUAACUUCUACGAUUUUUAUAUGGAGCCCGCAGAGACUGGAGAUUGACACUGGAUAAAAUUUUCCAGUUUCCUCUCAAAGUGAUGAAUGGGUGAUCGAACCUUGAGGCAGAACCUGGAUUGCUUACUCCGUUUUUUAGUAAUACUAGUCCAAAUCUAAUAUGAAUGGCAAGCGAAGUCUGUCUAUGUUCUAUACGUUCAUGUUGUCAGUGCGAUUGAUGUAAUGCACUUUUUUCAGUGACUUGAUAUUUAAUUUGAAGAUACCGAUUUCAAACCGGCAAAUUUAGAUAGGCUUUUUCAGAUAUGGCUUCUAUGGUAAGAUGAUUUACUCUCUAUAUUAUGAGAACUG